CUAUUUUAUAGUAACAUAUCUAGAUAGUUCAACGAUGAAUAUCGUCAACUCUUACAAUGAAUGGGAUCCUUUAGAAGAAAUCAUAUUGGGUGUUCCGGACUUUUGGUGUAGACCUCAAAAAGAACCAGGAUAUUUACCGCCUUUCAGAACCGGGAAAGAAAGUGACGAACACAUACAAAAAGCAGCUCUCCAGAUUGACAAUUUAGAGAGAGUACUUAGAUUCCAGUGUAAUGUCACAGUUAGGAGACCUGAUAAAAUCGAUUUUACACAACCUGUGAGGACACCGUUCUUUUCAAUUGAGCAUCAACAUGGAGCUUCCUGUCCACGUGACACCCUGUUGGUAAUUGGCAAUGAAAUCAUUGAAUCCACUAUGAGCAGUCGAGCUCGAUAUUUUGAGUCUAUGGCAUACAGAACGAUACUAAAUGAUUAUUUUGAAAAGGAUAAAGACAUGUUAUGGACGAUGGCUCCCAAGCCAACCAUGUCAGAAAAUAUGUAUAAUUUAGACUUUCCUCUUGAAAUCAAUUGUGCAGAACGUAAAGACUGGAUACCAAAUUAUAAAUAUCCAAUCAAUGAAGCAGAACCAUGUUUUGACGCUGCUGAAGUUUUGAGACUUGGAAAAGAUCUGAUUGUGCAGCAGAGCAUGACAGCUAAUAGAAAAGGCAUUGAUUGGAUCAGACGGCACGUGAAAUCUCGUGGUUAUCGUGUACACGAAGUCCACUUUCCUGAAGAUCUGGAUCCAGUACAUAUAGACGCAUCACUGGUUCCCCUAAUACCACCUACAAAGGAAAGGAAAGGUAUUCUCAUCACCCCUCCAGAUCGACCACUCAGAAAAGACGAUAAAGAUAAAAUAUUCAAAGGUUCAUCUUGGGAAAUAAUUGAUGCCCCAUUCCCUAACAGCAUGAUUGUACCGGAGUUCUGUGAAUCUACUGCCUGGUUGAGUAUAAAUAUGUUAAUGGUUGGACCAGAUAAAGCAAUUGUGGAGGAAACUGAACUACCGCUGAUUAACUUACUUGAGUCAUUAGGUAUUAAAUGUAUCCGUGUACCGUACAGAGAUGCGUACAGAUUUGGUGGCAGCAUUCACUGCCAGACAUUAGAUGUCCGACGAAAUGGCGAACGUUACAAUUACUUUCCAAACAUUCCAAACAUUGACAGCAAUGAAAAUCAAACACAUGACAACAGCUGAGAUGUUACACAUUCUUGUCUGUUAAAUUCACUUUUAUAUGAGAGCAUAAUAAACAUAGGUUUUAGGUAA